UUAUUAUUAUCCUUUCUUUUGGUAAAGUUGAAUACGGCAUGGUUGAUAAAGAAGAAAAAGAGUGAAGCUGCUCCUGGGAAGAUAUUGCAUAUUUCUCAUCCUGAGCAGUAAGAAGAUAAAGCUUGGAAUGGCGGAGGCCGCAGUAUGCAUUGCUAUCGAUUACCUCGUCCGAUUCCUGACCCACGAACGAAAGUUGUUGAGAGGCGUUCAUUCUAAAGUAUCGGGAAUAAAAAAUGAACUGGAAGCCAUUCAGUGUUUCCUCAAAGACGCAGAUAUGAAGGCAGACGUGGAAGCCCAAGGAUCAGAAGCAAGUGGUAGAGCUGGAGGUGUUAAAUUAUGGGUGAAGGAACUAAGGGAAGUGGCGUUCCACAUCGAAGAUAUUAUUGACGAAUACGCAUUCCACUUGGAGCGACCUCCCGGCCGUACUGGUCAUGAUUGCUUCAUUGCUUCCCUUGGUAAAAUCGGUCGCUCCAUCAUCAAACUAGAAGCAAGCCACCAUAUUGCAUCUCGCAUAAAAGAGAUCCGAAAAGCAGUUGUUGAAAUCAAGGAAAGAAGUCAAAGGUAUGGCUUUGAUUCAAUUGAUUCAACAUAUGAUCGUCGAUAUGUUUCAGGGUACGAUCCUCGAAAAGGUUCCAUGUAUCUUGAGGAUGAUGAUGUUGUGGGGAUUGAGUCUCCAAGAGAUCAAUUGGUUGGUUGGUUGUUAAAUAAGGAUCAACAACCUCGACGAGCUGUGAUUUCAGUGGUAGGGAUGGGGGGACUGGGCAAGACAACACUUGCCAGAAAGGUCUAUGAUUUAGUCAGAAAUCAUUUUGAUUGUCAUGCCUGGAUAACAGUUUCUCAAUCAUACCGGAAGGAAGAGCUACUAAAGAACGUCAUAAAGCAGUUCUGCAUGGGAAACAAGGAACCUGCUCCUGAGGGAAUCGAUUCAAUGGAUGAAGACGCACUGACAGAGCAAGUAAGACAAUAUUUGCAGCAAAAGAGGUACGUCGUUUUUUACGAUGAUGUUUGGAAAAGAGAAUUCUGGGGGGAUAUACAACAUGCUUUGUUUGAUAAUAAAAUUGGUGGGAGGAUAGUGAUUACGACGCGAAGCAAGGAGGUUGGGGAGUUUUGCAAAAUUUCAUCUGUUGUCUAUGUCCAUGAGCUUAAGCCUUUAAAUCCAGAAAAGGCUCGAGAACUCUUCUUCAAAAAGGCUUUUCAAUCUGAAGUAAUGGGACUUUGUCCCCCUGACUUGGAGGAUUUGUCUCAUCAAAUUGUUGAAAGAUGUGGAGGACUACCACUUGCAAUUCUAGCAGUAGGUGGACUUCUAUCCACAAAAGACAAGACAAUAUAUGAGUGGAAGAAAUUGCACGAUAGUCUCAGUUCCGAGUUGGAGACUAAUCUCCAUCUUACAAGCAUACCAAAAAUCUUACCCCUCAGUUAUUAUGAUCUGCCUUACUACCUUAAAUGUUGUUUCUUGUACUUCGGCAUGUACCCAGAGGAUUAUUGGAUUGCGCCAUCUAGGUUAAUUCCAAAAUGGAUUGCUGAAGGUUUUGUGAAACCAAGGAAGGAUAAACCACCGCAAGAAGUAGCAAAAGAAUACUUGACUGAGCUAAUGGACAGAAGUCUAGUUCAGAAAUUAAAAACUAGUGACUGGGGCCCAAAUGGUACAUGUUAUCACGUCCACGAUCUUCUAUAUGACGUUAUUCAGACAAAAAUGAAAGAUUUACGUUUCGGUCACGUUUUGUCUGAAAAUGAAUCAAGUUUUAGUGGAGGACUAGUUACUCGACGCAUAUCAAUUGUCAAUGGUUCAUGCAAUGUUCUUCACAAUGUUAACCAAAGCUUUCAGGUCCGUAGCUUUUUGAACUUCAAUAGUAGUGAUAAAAUAUUGACCAAGUCUAUUUGGAGAACGUUGACGAAGAAUUUCAACCUUUUAAAAGUGCAAGAUUUUGAAAAUGGUAUAUUGGAUUAUAUUCACGACGAUAUUGGAAGUUUAUACCAUUUAAGAUAUUUGAAUAUUAAUAACACGAAAGUAAAGAUGCUUCCAAGGUCCAUAGGAAAACUGGUAAAUCUUGAGACCUUGGAUUCAGUAGGCUCAUUUGUGGUUGAGAUACCAGCUUAGAUUAAAAGGCUUAGUAAGCUGCUGUUUCUGUUUGGCUGUGGUCAGUAUGAGUACAACUUGGACGACCCACACUUUCAUCCAUCUCAGGUAAAAGGAAUAAAAGUGCAUGAGGGAAUAGGGUGCUUAGAAGCCUUGCAAUCGUUAGCAUAUGUGGAUGCGAGUGAAACAGGGGUUGAGGUAUUAAAAGAGUUUGGAAAGUUGACACAGUUAAGGUAUUUGGGCAUCCAGAAGCUGAGAAGUGAAGAUGGAAGGAUUCUACUUGGGGCUAUCGAGAAGAUGGCCCACCUGAAAUAUCUGCGUGUAAGUACAAUGGAUGAAGAUGAUGCCUCAUUUGAUUCUGAAUGGCUGUCAUCCUUACCACGAUCUCUUGAGAUUCUCUGCUUAACAGCUCCCAUAAGGAAGUUGCCAGAAUCGAUAACCAGACUUCAAUAUCUAGAACGAUUAGAAAUUGGUGGGUCAAAAUUAGAAGAGGAUCCGGUGAAAAGUCUUAAAAAUCUGCAUAACUUGGUGGAGAUGAGGAUAGUGUACGAUGCAUAUAAUGGUGAGGAGAUGCAGUUUGAGAAGGGAGUGUUUCCAAGAUUGAAGGAGCUUCGUAUCAUGCAUUUGAGUGGAUUGAAAUCAAUAGUAAUAGAGGAAGGAGCAUUGUCUAGUCUUCAAGACCUUUGGAUUGGUCUCUGCCCAAAACUAUUGAAGGUGCCCAUUGGCAUCCAGCAUUUGAAACAACUUGAAUCUGUUUUGUUUCACAGCAUACCCAUUGAAUUCCAGCAAAGUCUGAAGCCAGGAGGAGACCACCACCAUACUGUUCAACAUGUACCUCUUGUCUUAAUCCGUUACAAGUGCGAUGAUGAUGACGGAGAAAGUUUUGAAACCUCACGAUUGUUUUGACUGCUUUAACACUGGAACCAAAUAUCCAUCCAGUUAAACUAAUUGAUCGCUCAAGCAGUUUUGUACUGCAAUGUUGUUUUUUUGUUUUUUUGUUUUUUUGUUUUUUUUUUUUUUUUUUGUUGGGUAAUAUUGUACUGCUAUGUUGUUGGAUGCAAGUGUCACUUCGGAGCUCUCAUUUUACCUCUUCCACUAAGUUUUAUUUUGUUAUUAUUAUUAUUAUUAUUAUUUUUUGACUUAAAUUGUUUGGCUUUGUCUAGCAACAUAUGAAACAGUUCAGGAUUUCUAAUUUCCUAACCAUUCAGAAUUUCUAAAAUUCAAUAAUUUCAGAGCAUUUCGAAUAUCAUGUUGUAUGCAAAUCUGAACAGAGCUUAACUUUAUUUCGUGGAAAAGUUCUAGUCAUUUUUUCGUGCUUAAUUAAACUCUUGAGAAAUCUUUUACAUUAUUUGAUUACAAAUGGAAAUUAACAUUGAAAUUAAACGAUGAUCAAUAAAAAAAUAAUAUGAAAUCCCUUGCUUUUUUGAAGAUGCUCUCAGUGACUAAAAAAAAUCCAAAUAAAAUUUUGGUUGUUGUUACAUGUAAAGGAUUGUGUUUGAAACCGUUUAAAUUAAAAUGGGCAUUUCUAAACAUGUUGUUGGCUCAAAAAUAUGAAUUAUAUAUAUAUAAUUAUAUGUUGGUGAAUAUGCUGAAUUCAAAUUCGGUUGUGCAUUCCCAGAACUUAAUAUAUAAAUACACACGCGUAUAAAAAUUAGGCGACUGAAUUGAAAUGAAGGAAAUAAGAAUUAUAGUAACCAUAAUGUAUAAAUAAGAAUACGGGUUGCCGUAUUAUUUUUGGUAAAACCAUAAGUGUUUCGAUCUGUAUCUUGCUACUUUCUUUUAGCACCCGUACAGUGUUAUAUUUACUUAAUCAAUUCAGUUUCUUAUUUAAUUUCUUUAUCUUUAUUCCCUUCGAUUUACUUUUGUUAUAUUGCUCCCUUCUAAACCUUGCUGAAUAGUAAUCAUUCCGAGUCUGAACAAUAAGUCCCAGAAGAGGCAUGAGAGGAUGUCGGUCUGAGAAGUCUAGGAAUAGGAUGGAAAAAUAUUAGUAAAAGUAAAUUUAAGUGUCUUUAGAAAUUAAAUUUUGAAAAUGAAGAGAUUAUUUAGAUCUAAUUCUUUUACUAGUCCUAGAUUAAGUACUAGUUCUAGAUCAUCACUUAAUGGAAACCAAAUGCCAGACAUAAUCAAUGAAGAACAUUAUAGUUUUCCUUCUAAUGAAUCAAUCAAUCCCAACUGGAAUAUUCCUCCAGUUUCACCUGGUGAAAUUUAUCAUCAUAAAACCUUAUCUUUAUCUUCAUUUAAAAGUGAAUCACAUAUUAAAACAGUUAAACAAGUUUACACAAACAACAAAGAUCACGAAACCUGCCAACUAAUCAAUAAAGAUAACAUUAAAAACAUAUACAAGAUGGUUACCAUUUCCUACACAUAGGAUUAGUUCAAAUUGGAAUCAAACCUCUUACAAAAUUAGGAACCAAUUCAUCUAUACUACUAUGUCUUAGAGACGCUAGUUUUUAAAACUUUAAUGAAGGUGUCUUUGGAGUCGUAGAAACCAGUUUAUGUAAUGGUCCUGUUCAUUUUAACUGUUACCCAAAUUUUCCAGUCAGUUUAACAGAUCCAUGCAUACUAAGAGUCUUAACUUUAAAUCUAAAAACUUCGGGUUAAAACUUCGACGAAGAUCGUCAACCCUUAGCCCUAAUUUACAGAAUCCAUUAUAAAGUCUUAGGAACUAAUAUGAACUUUAAAGCUAAAAAACAUAAUGCUAAAGGUCAUACCAUGUUAAUCCAGAGUCAAUACCAAAAUUUAAAUAUCAAGAUCCCUAAAAUGAUCAAAUGGUCCGAUGUCAAUUUACCCUUUAAUUGGGUAUUAACUGAUGUCCAAAGUCCAAUCCCUAUUCAAAAUAUUUUAACUAACACUGAGUUCAUCUCACAGUCUGAAGAUGGGUCAGUAAGAAUCACCUUUGAUAGACAACCUAGAUCUAAUCAACACUUAGGAGAAAUCUCCUCAAGACGGUCUUUUAAUAAAUCAAUCAUUGAGUCAAUAUCUUCUGAUAAUAUGUCUCGAAGAGAUCAAGAAAUUGAAAAAGAUUUACAAAGAAGUAAAAUCCAAGAAUUAGAACAACAAUUACACAAAUUAAAAUUAGAAAAUGAAAUUAAAAAUCUCAAAUUAAAAUCAAUCCACAACACUGGACAGGUUAGUCAACCUCGUUACAGUGAUGAAGAAAUACAAUCAAUUCAAUCACCCACAGCCUCAGAUUUCAUAGAUCACCAAUUAAACACACUAAGUACACCCUUCAAACCCCAUUGGAAACAAUUAAAUCAAGAAAUGAUGUCCGAUAAAAAUCAUGAAAAAUUAGUAAAAUAUAGACAGUCAUACACUAAAGAACAGAAAGAACAUAUUUGCCAAAACUAGAAACAAUUAAUGUUACAACUUAAAUUUGAUAUACAAAUUUUCGAUUUUCUCGAAAAAUAUUAUUAUCCAUUAAAAGAUUUAAAAACUUUAAUAAGAGAAAAAUGGAUUAAAUCAAAUCAAUCAACAGUUCUAUCUAGUCACCCUCCAGUUGAAAAAAUAAUCAUUCCCUAUUUAAAUAAUCACCAUUUAAAACAUUCACUCAUGAAAGUAAAGAUUUAAUUAAUGAAAUUAGAAAAGUUAUUGAAUUAUUACACAAAUCAAAGUAUUAUUACAGUAGGCAAACAACUAGAUAAAAUAGAAACCAAAAUUGAUAACUCCUCCUCUAAAGAAGAAAUUAAACCACAACCACUUAUAAAAUUUCCAGAUCUUACAAAAAUUCCAACCCUUCCAAAUAAAACAAAUCAACUCAGUCAACUCUUAAAAGAAUUACAAUUAAAAACUUCAACUUCCAAAAACGAAGCCUCCUCUUCCAAUCUUGCUACUAUCAAAAAUCAUAA